AUGGCAGACUAUACAUACGAGAUCGCUUGGUGGCCUGCACCUGAGGCAGUCAAGAAGGACCUUAACGCGUACAAGCCCGCCGUGGACGUCAUCACCAAGUACACGCCUCACCCCGUCUUCAUCGGCCUUAGCGUCGAGAAGCAGGACAAGUUCUGCAUGUUCGUCACUUGGGAGAACACCGCCGCGCACGGCGCCUUCAUCGCACACCCCGACCGCCCAGCACUCCUACAGAACCACCCGUCCAUCUUCCCCUCCAACAGCCUCAGCGACGCGACGGUUUACCACACGCAUCUGAACGCCGAUCCACUGCCCAUCAUCCAGACCCCGGUCGUCGAACAGACGAUACUUACGCCCAGAGACGGCGUAUCGCUCGAUGAGUUGAAGGAUACGCUGUUCAGGGCGGAGGAGGUGUUGAAGGGUAUGAGCGAUGUGUGUUUGGGACUUGUGCUAGGUACGAUCGAAGAGAAGCCGGAGCUGCUCGUUGUGCUCGUUGGGUGGACGAGCGUCGAGGCCCAUCAAGCUUAUAUCGCUGCGGAGGGUGCUCAGGAAGCGGAUGAGAUACGGGCGAAGAUCAAAGAGUUCGCGAUGUUCUAUGUCUCGUACACUCGGCAGACGUAG